GAAAAUUUCAGAGUGAUGAAGGCACAUUUGUCUCUGACAGAACCUACUCGUAUACAAUAACAAUCUGAAAUAUCCGUUAGAUUUUUUUAUAACAAUUGUAUUUAGAAAAUGUCUUGUGUCCACUAUCAGUCGUCAGAUCCGUCAAGAGAGAGAAGCUACUAUGAUGGCCAAUGCAAUCGUUUCGUUUCCUCUUCCUAUACUCCACGAAAUCAAACGGCGGAUACCUAUCGAAGUGGAUAUUGCGCCGGCUGGAGGAUGCACGAGUUUCAAGGGAACAACGUCGAAACACCCACGCCAGGCAAGGGUGAACCAACGUUCUCGGAUCCUCGAAUACAUACUCCAAGAGCCACGUACAAACAGGAAACGACGAUACACGGAGACCAGCUCGCAAUCGAGAAAAUGCAAACGAAAAUCAAGUUUCUCGAGAACAGUAAUAUUGUGAUGCAAACACGUAAUCAGAAGCUUAUCACCGAGAACAAAGCUCUCAUGUCCCGAUUGGAAGAGGAACAGGACGAGGUGAGGGGGCUCGAAAAAAAGAUAACGUCUCUUCAAGAGGAACUCGACUGUAAUAAAUUGAAGCUGGAAGAAAUGAAGAAGGAAGCGGAAGCCAGUAAAAAAAAUGCGUGCAUGCUGAAAGCAAAUGCAACCUCGACUACCAAUAUACCGAGGAUCGAUCGAGGGGUACAAGUUUGGGCGGUGUGCAUGGGAUGUCGAAAGAAAUUGGAAAGUUGUGAGAAACAACCACCCACCGUUACCAUUACCAAAUCCGAGCUGGAAGUAUUAGAGAAGGACAUGCAAACCCUAAGGGACACCAUAAUCGCUAGAGAAGAAGCAUGGGACAAAGCGAUGGAACGGGAAGAAAAUUAUCGACAACAAUUAACGCGAUUAACAACAGAGACCAUCACUGCUCGUCACCUUUCUGAAACUCGUCACGACGAGCUUAAGACAAUGACGAAUGCACUCUCGGAAAAGGAGUCAGAGCUGAAGACGCUUGAAAAGGACAAUUUCAACUUGAGGAAACUACUAGCAAAGCACUACAACGUGUAUCAAAGAGGACAAGAAGGAAUCGAGAUAAAUGAAAAAGAUCAAAGGUACAUCGAAGAAGUUGCUCGUAUGACCAGUGUAAAGUCUAAACAGAAACAAAAAUCAAAAAGCGCCUGUUCCGAAAGAACCCCGCAUACGAUUGCUCACCAAACUGCAAUUAGUCCACGUGAGAGAAGUGUAAAAACAAUGAAAGAUCAGACAAGUUCGUUGAGGGAAACGAAACGAUAAGAAAAAUGAUUUUUUUGUUAAAAAUAUUCGCAAAAUGAUACAUUAAAUUUAUUUGUAUCAUAUUUUCAACUCUGGAAUGUCGAUAGUCAAUAAUGAAGUGAUCGUCCGUCUUAAUUUUUAUAUUGUUAAUUAUCAUUUUAUAAUUACAUCCUUUUUUGUAAAUGCGGGCAGUGGGGCUGGGUAUGCCUUUGUUCUCGAGGGAUCAUGAUUU